CAUCUGAUACAGUGAGCGAGGAGAGAGAGGGAGAAAUGGCGGAUUACCAUUUCGUGUACAAAGACGUGGAAGGAGCGUCGACGCAAUGGGACGACAUCCAGAGAAAACUGGGCAACCUCCCUCCCAAGCCCCCUCCGUUCAAGCCUCCUCCUUUUACCCCAUCCGAAGCCCACCAAGUCUCCAAAACAGUAGACAUUAUAUCCUGGAUCGAUCACAGGACCGAGGAUCAGCUCGAAGACGACCCUCAUCUCGACGACGAUCGCUUCCUCCAAGAUUACCGGAAAAAGAGGUUGGCAGAGAUGAGAGAAGUAGCUAAGGUUCGGAGGUAUGGAUCGGUGGUUCCUAUUUCUGGAUCAGAUUUUGUACGCGAGGUCUCUCAAGCUUCGGAAGAUGUUUGGGUCGUGGUGAUCUUGUACAAAGAUGGAUAUCCAGAAUGUGGGCUUCUUCUACAAUGUUUGGAAGAGCUCGCAACGAAAUAUCCAGGAACAAAAUUUGUGAAGUAAUAAAUCAUAAUAUCUACUGAUUGCAUUCCUAACUACCCAGGUCGUAAUCUUCCCACUCUGUUGGUGUACAAUAAUGGUGCUGUCAAGGGAAACUACACUGGACUGCAUAGUUUUGGUCGCCGGUGCACUCCAGAAGGUGUCGCCUUGGUCCUCUGCCAAUCCAAUCCUGUUCUCGUUGACGGGCAAAGUGGAAGCGAGCAGUCAAGAAAAGCAGUUCUGGAUGACGUUCGGCAGAGACUUAUAGAGAAGGUUGUGAGAGACCAUGAAGAUGAUGAUGGUGGAUCUUCAAGUGAUUAGGGUGCGGAGGUUUUGUUUUAACUACUCUUUAUUUUCGUUUUAGGCUCGUGUUUCGUAAUAGUGAUGUCGUAUGACAACUUAUUUGCUUCUUCAACCCCUUUGUUCUCUUUUCAUCUGUUAGCUUAAGGUUUGUCGAUAUGCCGUGAAAUGUUUAGCUGGUUUUAAUCCCGAAAUUGCUCGUUUGACUUGGGAAAUCUUAUUUCCUUCGCUA